CUGCAACCCCGAACACGAGCGCCCCGAACGUCGGUACCAUCUCAGACUUUGCGCGAACAUUACGAGAAGCUCCUACCAGCGCAUGAGGUUCAUACCAUGAGAAGCGAUCUCUCGGCAGAGUCGCGCAGCUCAAGUCCGGCGCAAUCAUGUUCAAGCGCUUUGGGACAGGCUUCGGCCUGGACUUCUUGGACAACAAGAUAGCAGAAGAGCAAGAGAAACAGAAACAGCAGCAGCAGUCUCAAAAAGGUGGUUCUCCUGCCAGGCGGCCUUCAAACCGCCCGCGAAGAGGUAGCGGGAGAAUCGAUCCUCCAGGCGCGCGAUCAGGCAGCAGGUUGCGCGUUCCGGACAGCAGAGAUGGCGUUCCAUUGACGAAAGGGCCUGAUCCGGAAGAGUUCGUCAUUGGCGAUGACGACUCGGUGUCGAGCAUCAGCAGGACAGCCACACCGCAGCCGAGUGGGAGUGAGGACAAGAGCGAGGCAGCGGAGAAGGGACAGACAGAAGGCAAGGAAGGUGAUGCGCAAGAUGGUGACAAAGGAAAGAGCAAGGCUACAGAUGAUGAGCUGCCCGAGCAUGUACAAAAGAAGUUGGCGCAUUUGGAGAAGCUCACUGCUCGGUAUCAAGAUCUAUUGCGCAACUACAGAACCGCUCAUGCCCGCGUAUCACUAAUUGAUCCCUUCGAAGCGACUCUGCGCGAACAUACCCCACUGACCUCCAUAGAGGAGCCCGGAGCCCUGGUCGAGUUCUUGAAUCAGCGUAGUUUGCAGAGCGACAUGGUGCUGGAGGAGCUCAAAAAGGUCGCUGGUCAAAAGAACGAGCUUACAAAAGAAAGAGACGAGCUCAAGAGCAAGCUCGAAGAGGCAGAGAAGAAGGUGAAACAGGCCUUUGACGAUGCUGCCGGCUUGCGUAAAGAAAGGGACGAGGCAAAACCUGCAACCUCGACUGUAGGUGCAGAGAAGAAGGAGGACCCGAAGCCGAAAGACGCAGGCGAUGAUGAUGCGUUCUUCUCGUACGAGGAUGAGGUGUCCCGGGACGAUGAGCUGAAGGCACAGCUUCAAAACAAGGACACACUACUGAAGCAGAAGGACGAGGAGAUUCAGACGUUCCAGGCUAAAGAGAAAGAGCAAACUGAAUUCAUCAAUGAGCUAUCAACGGAAAAUGCAUCAUUGCGCAAGGAUGUUGAGACAGUCAAGAACGAGCUCGAAGUUAAGAAUGUGGACCUCGACGCGGCAAACAAGCACAUCGAGCGGAAGGACAAUGAGAUUGCUUCGAUCAAGCAGGAACUUACUGAGGUCAUCGCUGCUCGUGAUGCAGCGAAGCAGCAGGAGGACGCAGUGGCUGAGAGCCUGGUACAAACGGAGUCUCAGCUCGUCAGCAUGCAGCAAAAGCUCAACGAGUCACAGGAAGCGCUGCGAAUGAAGGCUGUCGAAGCCGAAGCUAGGAAGUCUGAAGCUGAGGCGAAUCUGAAGAAGUACCAAGCAGAACACGCGAAAAAUCUCAAAGAGGGCACGUAUGCGCAGAGAGAUGUCAAGGUCUUAGAAAAUGUGCGCAGUAUACUUCCGAAUCUGCAAGCAGAACUCAAGAAGAAGACGGAGGAGGCCAACAUCGCGGAGGCGCGCGUUGCUGACAUGCAAAAGGAUCUUAAGAUCAUGGAAGCCCAAGCUGCGCAGACGGAGAGCACUACGAAGUAUUUGCGUGAUGUCGAGCGGACUGCAAAGGAAGACAAGCGCAAGCUUCACGAAUUGGAACAACAAAGGGAUGCUUUGCAGAAGAUCGUGGAUUCGAAGAAAGCUCACGAGCAGAAGGUCGCCAGUCUGCAAGUCGAGCUCAAGCAGGCACGGGCAGAUCGUGACAAAGCGUACUACGCGAUCAUCAACUGCGGAAAAUGCGAAACUCCAGAGCAAACGGCGGAGAAAGCGGCAGCUAAAUCAGCAGAAGUGGCGACACCCACAGAGGAGACGGCCAGUACGGCCACGAGAUCGCGUCUCGGCUCUGAAACGACAGAACUUAGCACACAGCCUACUGAGCCUGGAAGUGAAUCAGCGAACGCUGGCACACCACCAAUCGCAGAAGAUGACGAUAAACAAGUUCCGACCGGUUCGGCUAAGAAAAAGAACAAGAAAAAGUCGAAGAAGAAGCCAAAGAAGACUGAAACAGAUGGCGAGACCGCAACCGCUGCCGAGACGAGUGAACAAUCGACAGUCGGCGUAACAGUGGAAGACCUGAUUCGUGAUCGUGAAGCAGCAUCAGCGAAACUGAAGCAUAAAUUCGCAGGAAAUCCGAUCAUCCCGCUGCUCGAAGAUAUGCACGAGUACGUGAGAAACCGGACUGAAGCUGUCAGCGAUAGUCACGACAGUCACAUUGCGCAUCUGGAGGAACGAAUUGAGAGGUCUGAGCAAGAGAUCAAGAACAAGAUGGUCAUCAUUCGGGACCGAGAGGACCAGAUUGAUAUGCUCAAAUCUUCGCUGUCUAAUCAGACUUAUGCCAAAUCAGAGGCGGUAUUUGAGGAAGAAAUUGAGAGGUUGACCAAGGAGAUGGAGGCUUUGAAGGAGGAGCGAGACGCGAAGAGCAUCAAACUGUUGGGGCUUGAACAAGCUCGCCUAGAAGCUGGAGAGGCUGCGCUCAAGGACGACAGCACAAGCUGGCAAGACAGGGCUGACGAGUUGCAAGUCCGCAUCGACGCGUUGGAACAGGAGCUCGCGGAGAAGAACGACAGGAUCAGUAAGCUCACUGUUGAUCUCAGCGAGACCGGAGAAAGGCUGGGCAAGGCUGAGGAGAAGAUCAAGAGCCAAAUCGCGAAUGAGGAGCUGAUCGAGAGUCUGAAGGAGGAGAAGGAGGAAUUGCAAGAUUCAAUGCUAGAGCACGGCAAAGCAGCCACUGACGCCAAGCACGAGCUCAAAGAAGUGAAGGAAAAGCGCGACACGUUGCAGAAAGAACUUGACGAGACUGAGUUGGAGUCUGCAAAACGCGAAAAACAGCUCAAGGAGGCCGAAAAGCGUGAGAAAGAUCUCCAGGCUCGACUGACUGAAGUGGAAGCCGAAUUGACUGCCGCAAAAUCCACUGGAGCCUCGAGCGAGGAGCUGCAAGCGGCCAACGAGCAAGUGGAAAGUCUCAAGCGUGAGAAGGAAUCAUUGCAGGUCGCAAAAGAUGCAGGCGAGGCACAGCUUGAGGAACUGAAAGCACAGCACGCUGCCAGUGGUACGGAACGGAACGCGAAGCAGCAAGCUGUGGUCGAUGAGUUGGAGAAGCUGAAGAGUCGAGCCGCCGAGCUGGAAAAGGAUCUCGCAGCGUCGGAGAACCUAGCACAACAGCGCUUCAAGGAUUUGACUUCGACGAAAGAGCUCAACAAUCAGUUUCAGGUUCAGCUUAAGAAGCUGAAGCAAGAGAGUGAUGAGCUGCGAAGUGUCAAGGCCGAGCUAGAGAAGUCCAAUGCUCUUGUCAAGAAAGUCGAGGGCAAGGCCAAAGACCUGCGAUCAGAAAUCGCAGAGUACAAGUCCCAAGCUGCCGACAAGGACACUGAGCUUGCGGUGCUGCGAGGUAAAGUGAAGACUGGAGAGGAUCGAGGCAAGGCGCUUGAGGAGUCGUACGAAACCGCUCGGAAGGAUCUGGAGAAGACACAGAAUGCCCGCGACGAGGCCAUCGACGCGAAAGAGAAGCUUGAAGCCAGCUACAAGAAGCUGGAAGACGAUCUCAGGAAGCAAAAGCCCAGGCUGGAUGAGCUUGAGAAGCAGGUCCAGAAGCUCAGUGCAGAGAACAACAACCUGCGCGAGGAAUUGCAAACCAAAGCAACAUUACAGGCCAGCGCAGACAGCUACGUGCAGAGCGUGCAAGAUCAGAGUCGUGAACUUGCGACGCGCUCCAAGGAAAUGCAGGAGCGAGUUGAAAGUCUCGAGGAGGAGCUGGCCGAUACACAACGCUCGUUGCUUGAACGUAGCAGAGAAGGCGACACCAUGAAGAGACUGCUUGCCGAUGCCGAGAGCAGAGCAGAGGCUAAAGUCAAGGAGCUUCGCGAGCAGCGAGACCUUGCCAUUGAAGAGCGUGACCGUGCUGAAGCAGAUGCCAGCACAGUGGGGCGUAAGAAGGCACGCGAGAUCGAGGAGCUCAAGACCAAACUUCGUGAAGUGGAAUAUGAGGCUUCGCGCGCGAGUGAGGCCCGCAAGGAUGCUGAGAAGCGCGAGCAGGACUUCAAGAGCUCAAGAGCUGAGCUCGAAAGACGCCUCGCACAGGCGCAAGAAGAUGCCGAAGCGGCGCGAACUGCGAUGACACAGCUCCAGAACAGUCUGGACGAAGGUGACAGGCAAGUCUCUAAUCUGGAGAAAGAAAGACACGACCUCAAGAAGCAGCUUGAAGAGCGCGAAGCGCGUCUCGAGAGACUUCAGAAGUCUUCCAGGACCAUGGCCGAAGAACUCCAACAACUCAAGAACUCAGCCAAGCUCCGACAGCAACCACAGACUGGAUCCGGAUCGUCGAGGACUUCGCUCGAGAGCGCUGGGAGAUCUCGCAUUACAUCGCCCGCUCCUCGCCCUAGUACGAGCAACAGCACGAAUCUGAGCGGAGCUCCGAGCGAUAUCAAUUAUGUCUAUUUGCGACAGGUCUUGUUGCAGUUCUUGGAGCAAAAAGACAAGAAGUUUCAAUUGCAACUUGUGCCAGUGUUGGGGAGACUGUUGCAUUUUGAUCAGGCGGAAGAGCAGAAGUGGACGGCGGCCAUUGCUGCAAAGUAGUGAGGGCAGAUGGCAAGCCGUGCGUAGUACAUUUUGUCCUAGACAUUGCAUUGAUGCCGGACGGAUGUGCAUGAGUGAGCAUUGAGCAAUCUAUCGUUGCACAGAGAGGUAAACGGAGCGAACAGGCCUCCGUUGUAUAUAUAGGCAGAAGUGAGCAUUGCAUUGCAUCGCAUUGCAUGGCGGGUAGGCUCGAUGAAAGUGAAAGCGGCGCGAAAUUGGAGCGCAUACAUGUAUCUGCUCAAUAAUACCGACUGAACGAGGACACUACGAGCAUUGUAUCUAGAAGCGUGUCUAUCAUUUGUCAAGCUGC